AUGGAUGAAGAGUACGACGCGAUUGUGUUGGGAACUGGUCUUAAGGAGUGCAUCCUGAGUGGUAUGUUGUCGGUGUCGGGCAAGAAGGUGCUGCACAUCGACACCAAUAAAUACUACGGCGGAGAGAGCGCCUCCAUCACGCCCCUCGAGGACCUGUUCACCAAAUUUGGUUUCGACCCGUCGAGCACUUCCAUCGAAGAGUACGGACGAUCACGUGACUGGAAUGUGGACCUCAUUCCCAAGUUCCUCAUGGCUAAUGGCUCUUUGGUGAAGCUGUUGAUCCACACGGGAGUGACUCGUUAUCUGGAGUUCAAGUCAUGCGAAGGCAGUUAUGUCUAUAAGGGCGGCAAGAUCUUCAAAGUGCCCGCCGAUGAGAAGGAGGCGCUGUCUUCGAGUCUGAUGGGAAUGUUUGAAAAGAGGCGUUUCCGCAGUUUUCUGCUAUUCGUUCAGGACUUCAAUAAAGAGGAUCCCAAGACGUGGAAAGAGAUCGACCCGAAGACCACAAACGGGUCUCAAUUGUACGAGAAGUUCGGUCUGGACAGAGACACCGCUGACUUCACUGGACACGCGCUGGCGCUCUACCGGAACGACGAGUAUCUACAGGAGCCGUGUUUAGAUCUGAUCAAUCGUGUGAAGCUCUACAGCGAGUCGUUGGCUCGAUAUGGGAAGAGUCCCUAUUUAUACCCGUUGUAUGGGUUGGGAGAACUGCCUCAAGGGUUUGCGCGACUCAGUGCUAUCUAUGGCGGCACUUAUAUGCUCGACAAAGCUGUCGAUGAGAUAAUUGUGGAGAACGGGAAGGUUGUAGGCGUGCGGUCGGGCUCUGAGACGGCCCGAUGCAAGCAAGUCUACUGCGACCCCUCCUAUGUGGGCGACCGGGUGCGCAAAGUGGGACAAGUGAUUCGCUGCAUAUGUCUUCUCAAUCACCCCAUUCCUAAUACCAAAGACGCGCUGUCCUGUCAGAUCAUCAUUCCUCAGAAACAGGUCGCUCGCAAAUACGACAUUUAUGUAUCUCUGGUGUCGUUCACACAUCAGGUGGCGGCCAAAGGAUGGUUCGUAGCCAUGGUAAGCACUACUGUCGAGACUAAUAAUCCCGAAGCAGAGAUUAAGCCCGGAUUAGACCUCUUGGGACCAAUUAAGCAGAAGUUUGUCUCUGUGAGCGAUCUCUACAAACCCCUAGAAGAUGGCAAAGAGAGUCAGAUAUUCAUAUCUGAAUCGUUUGACGCGACCUCUCAUUUCGAGACCACGUGUUCCGAUGUACUCGACAUCUUCAGACGUGGGACCGGAGAAGACUUUGACUUCUCGAAAGUCAAACUCGAUCUAAACGAUGACCAGUGAGUGACCGGUCGAUGACUCGCCACUAGUUUUAAAUCUCUGUUUCUUUGAUUUUUUAAUUACAAAAUUAAUUGUGAAAACAUUUUUAUUAUAAAUUUAUUAUUAAAUUAAUGAGAUAUUGCAAUUUGGAUCGCAUUUUGUGUUGAGUUUCAAUUGUUUUACAUUUUAUUCAAUAUAUAGACUGAAAGCAAACCAUUAAAACACUAAUUAUUGACAUUUAAAUACAAUAUGAAUUGAAUUGAAUUGAAUGAAGCUUAAGCACAAGUAUGUCAUUCAUAUGUCGAUCAUUCCCUAUAUUUUUAUAUAAAAUUUUAUUUCAUUUAUUGAACCAAAAGUUUCUCUAAAAGUAUUUGAGAGAUGAGAUGUAAAUGAAUAUAAAUUAUGUCUUAAAAUGCGAUCAAACUCUUAGAACUAUAGCUUCAAAAUUAAUGUCAACUUUAUAUCCGAGGUUUCAAUUAUUAUUGAGUUUUCAAAUUGAAUUCUAAUUGCCG